UCCACAUCCACCAGGAACUCGAUUUCAUAUUUAAUUCCUCCUCCCCUUUCUCCAUCCCAGCUUAUUUUCACCCGGGGAGACAACAACCACCAACAUUACGAACCCUAGUCUCUAAUUUCAAACACCCAAACCCCAAAACCGCCAAGAUGCCCCGUUCCAAGCGAGCCAGAGUCGUGCACGAGUCCAAGACCGCUAAGAAGUCGCACAAGGAACAAACCCGCCGCCUAUACGCGAACAUCCGGGAAUGCAUCGAGAAGUAUGAUCACCUGUUCGUAUUCGGAGUCGACAACAUGCGCAACACAUAUCUGAAGGAUGUGCGCACCGAAUUCGCCGAUAGCCGCCUUUUCUUCGGCAAAACCAAAGUCAUGGCCGUGGCGCUGGGCCACACGCCCGAGAACGAAGCCGCGCCGAACCUGCACAAGCUUUCGCCGACGCUGACGGGCGCGGUGGGGCUGCUGUUCACCUCGCGCGACCCGACCACCGUCAGAGACUACUUCGAGUCGUUCCGGCCGCUGGACUACGCGCGGGCGGGCACGGUCAGCACGCGGGCGUUCACGAUCCCCGCGGGAUUGGUGUAUGCGCGGGCGGGCGAGAUCCCCGCGGCGGAGGACGAGCCCAUCAGCCACACGAUCGAGCCUGAGCUGCGCAAGCUGGGCGUGCCGACCCGCCUCGUCAAGGGGAAGGUCAUGCUGGAGCUGACGGAGGGCCAGGAGGGAUACCCCGUGUGCCGUGCCGGCGAGGUGCUGGACUCGCGGCAGACGACCCUGCUCAAGAUGUUUGGGGUUGUCUCGUCCGAGUUCCAUGUCGCCUUGAAGGGGCACUGGACGCGGAGUACGAAUGCCGUCGAGAUCCUUGAGAAGGAUCAGGAUGGUAUGGAGGAGUAAAUUGAUGAUGACAACAAACAAGCCCAAAAAAAGAUGCAAUGAACAAAAACACAGAAUAUCCCUCUUCUUUUCAUUUUUUUCUUGUCAAGGUCUGCGGGGCGGGUCUCUUUCAUAUACACCAUUUCUUGUUCUAGAAAAAGUUCCAGGUUUUUUUUUUUUCUUCUCCAAUUACCCUCCCCGUCCGUGUAUCAAGACCAAAAACAAGAAAUGCGGCAUGACCGACAUCCAGCGAGCAAACCAGUCAACGUGGUAAUGAGUUCACUUGGCCCUGGCGCAUGAGGAUGAAAGACAAAACCCCAGACUUCCAUGAUAGCUUGAACUAAGCCCAAUUUAAGCCAAACAGGGAAGCAUCAAAGAAAUCUAGACCCAAGAAGCUCCCCUCGAAACGCCCCCCCAAGCA